AUGAACAGCGACAAAACUGCCAAUCUUCCGAUGCAUAGCACAGCAUCCAAGUCCAGCAAGUCAUCCCCACCCCUUAUCAUCUACGUGCUCGGCCCACCCUGCGCCGGCAGGUCGACGCUAUGCACCACUCUCGUCAAUAAAUUCAAUCUGGACCACUUUUCCAUCGGCGAUGAACUUCGUGAUCUGAUCUCCUCAGACACAACGGGCCAUGCCGCACGUAUCAAAAGCAAGCUGUCGGUUGCUGAGCUGUCGGACUUCGCCACGAACGUCAAAGCAGGAACAUUGGCACCGUCAAACGUGACACCCAAGUAUGUCAAGGAGCGUAUAUUUCCCGAUGGUGUGGUACGACUAAACCUACGAAUUCUAAUCGAUGGAUUUCCGAGGGGAGUAGAUCGCUGGGAGACGUUCAAGGACAGCGUGAAGGACAUAUGGCAGCCUGAUAGUAGUACCUGGACACUCUUGCUGUGCGUUGAUCGGGCAGUGGCUCGACAGCGGUUUUUGAGUCGUGGUAGGGCGGGGGAUGUCUUUGACAAGAGGUUUGAUGAUCACGAAAAUUCUAUUGACAAUAUCGUGGCUGCCAUGAAGCAGGAUGGGGUAAAUGUCGUCGAGAUUCACCCAGGGCCAGACCGCGACUGGGAGGAUGUGCUCAGCUUUCUCUAUUGUAUUCCUGGGUUGCAUGAGACCUGA